AUGGCUGGCAGAACGUACAUCUCUUACCUGCUUCUCACUCUCCUCUCGGCCGCCUUCACGUCGGCUCAGUCCGGUAAUGCCUCGACAGUUUACCAGACUCGCUUCAACGGUGUGACCUGGGACGCCACGAACUGGGUGCUCGCCACGACCGUCCUUGACCAAGGACAUUAUCAAUCUCGUGUUACUGUUGCAAACGGAUAUCAUGGCAUCAGUGUAGCUUCGCUAGGCCCUUUCUUCGAGGUCGAGUCCUCAGUCGACGGCGACAACGUCAGUGGCUGGCCGCUCACCACCCGCCGCCAGACCUUCGCGACAGUCGGUGGAUUCUGGGAUUCUCAACCAACACUCAAUGGCAGCAAUUUCCCCUGGCUGUCCCAGUAUGGGUGGGAUACUGCCAUCAGCGGCAUCCCUCACUGGGCCGGCAUCGUGGCGGACCUGGGCGGUAACAACUAUCUGGCGGCGUCGACCAACAGCAGCACCAUCAGCAACUUCCAAUCGAGCCUAGAUAUGAAGCAGGGUCUCAAGAACUGGGCUUUCACGUGGACCCCAGCGGGCGGCCAUGGGUCAUUCAAUGUGUCCUACCAGAUGUUCGCUCACAAACUCAACAUCAACCAGGCAUUCGUUCAAUUGAAUAUCACGGCGGCAAGAACGACUAACAUCACGAUCGCGAAUGUGAUCAACGGCGAUUGCGCUGUCCGGACAACUGCUGGGCCAAAUGGUGUCGACUCGGGCAUCAUUUACAGUUCUGUCCAGCCUCAGGGUGUACACAAUGUGACCGCCUACGUUUAUGCUGGCCUGAACACCACCGGCGCCACAGUUCGCUCUGUCCAGCAAGGUACAUUCGAACGCCCAUAUGUGGGAAACAACCGCUCUUCAAUCGCUUCCGGGCUGGAUGUGACGCUCCAAGCUGGUCAGGUUGCGACAUUCACCAAAUUCGUUGGUAUCGCUUCAACUGAUGGGUUCCUCCAACCUCAAUCAGUAGCUAGAGAUGCCGCACUCGCGGCGCGAUCCACUGGCUAUGCUGAGUCGUUGCAGUCUCAUAUUGCGGAGUGGGCCAGACUCUUCCCGCCCUCGUCUGUUGACGACUUCUCCUUUCCAGAGAACGGGACCUUGCCCGAGGAUGAGUACAUCCUUGACGCGGCCAUCACAGCAGUGGCGAACCCGUUCUAUCUGCUUCAGAAUACGCUUUCAGAGAACGCGAUCAACAACACCGUUAGCGCCGGUGAUUCAAUCAACAGCAACAGCAUCUCAGUUGGAGGUCUCGGUUCUGACGCAUAUGCUGGACAGAUCUUUUGGGAUGCUGAGAUCUGGAUGCAGCCGGGCCUUGUCGCUGCUUUCCCGUCCGCCGCGAAGGGCAUCGCCAAUUACCGUGUUCAGCGCUACCAACAAGCUCAGAGAAAUAUCGGCACCGCUUUCACCUCGUCUAAGAACGGUACCAAUUUCACCUCGGUGGCGGCAAUCUUCCCUUGGACAAGCGGGAGAUAUGGUAAUUGCACAGCGACAGGGCCGUGCUGGGACUACCAGUAUCACCUCAAUGGUGAUAUUGGGCUAGAGUUUACGAACUAUUGGAUCACAUCCGGUGACACGGCCACUUUCCAGAAUGAUUUGUGGCCCAUCUAUGACUCUGUCGCCUCUUUGUACUCUCAGAUCGUCGAGAGAAACGGAGAUGACUGGGUGCUUCGCAACAUGACCGAUCCCGACGAGUAUGCGAAUCACAUUAACAAUGGCGGCUACACUAUGGCCAUGAUUGCCACCCAUCUUACCCGUGCGAACCAGUUCCGUUCUCAGUUCAGUUCAACACCUAACAGCACGUGGGACGACAUUGCUGAGAACGUGUUCAUCGGUGAAGACGCGGAUUCCGGUGUCACCUUGGAGUUCGUUGGCAUGAACGGUACAGGUGUUGUAAAGCAGGCAGAUAUCAUCCUGAAUACCUUCCCUCUCUCCUACACAGGCCAGAACUACACGGCCAACGACUCGCUUAGCGACUUGGACUACUAUGCGGCAAAACAAUCCGUCGAUGGCCCUGCCAUGACAUACGCCAUCUUCUCUGUUAUCGCGAAUCAGAUGUCACCCUCUGGCUGUUCUGCCUACACCUACGAGCAAUACGGCACGCACCCGUACGUCCGAGGCCCAUGGUUCCAAUUCUCGGAACAAAUGGUCGACAAUUGGAAAGAGAACGGCGGCACCCACCCGGCGUUCCCAUUCCUGACCGGUCACGGUGGCGCAUUGCAAGUCGUGCUGUUUGGCUAUCUGGGAUUUCGACUUGUCCCUGACUUUAACUUGCACAUUGAUCCCAACCUCCCUCCUCAGAUCCCACAGAUCCGAUAUCGCACUUUCCAUUGGUACGGCAUUCCAAUCCAAGCAUUUUCUAACCAGACGCACACCAUCCUUACCCGCAACGACUCUAUCACGCCGGCUGAGGGCGCCUUCCCGAACGCCACUUUUGCGAAUGCUGCCAUCCCUGUUGUUGUGGGACCUGUCGGCUCUGCACCACUUUCGACCCACGAACUCUUACCCAACUCAAGCAUUACUGUCCCCAAUCGACAGAUCGGACGUAUUCCCACGACUCAGGAUAACGUGGCGCAGUGUCUUCCCGUGUCCUCGCCCGACGACUUCCUCCCGGGUCAAUUCCCAAUCGCGGCGGUAGACGGCGCAACCUCGACGAAAUGGCAGCCCGUGUCCGCCAACCGGACGAGCUCCAUCACCGUCACUCUCCCACAGGGCUACCGUGUCCGGAGCUUCGAGUUCAACUGGGCCCAGGCGCCACCGUACAACUACUCUGUCCUCUUCCACAACGACUCCCUCAGCAACCCGUCCGCUGCGUCACUUCCCACGGGUGCUGGCGUGCAAGUUGUGGCGAACAAUCAGCGCGUCAACAUCACCGACAUGUACAACGUGACUGAGCUCAAUGCGAUCGAAACCGUCCAACACAACAUCACCACAUUCGCCAUCCCACAGUCCGCGGGGGAAGUGUACACGGCCCGGUAUGCGACGCUCCGCAUUUGGGGGAGUCUCUUCAACGCGACCGCGACCGCGAGGAAUAUGUUUGGCGAUGGAGCCACGGUUGCCGAGUGGAGCAUCAUUGUGGAUGACCUGCCCGCGCCGCCUGUCCCCGGUGCGACGACGAAACGAGACGUGCCUCUGGGCGGAAAUCUGAAGGCCAGAAACCUAGAUCUGCUUACCAAGCUGGGCCACGUUGCUCGAGCACAGGACAUGAACAGACGAGGCAGGACGUGA